UUUCAAUCAGCUGCACCGUUGCGCACAAAGCAGAAGAUCAACAAAGAUUCGUUUUCCGGAGUUUUUAUUACAAAUUUUUCGUGUUUUAGUUUAGAUUUUCUCAUAAAUUUCCAUUCGAAAACAUUCUUCUGUUCAUCAGUUGUGUAAGGGGACAUCGGGCAAGAUGCAGCACGAAAACAUUCUAGCCACUUUCAAGAUUCUAAUAAUAGGCGAGAGUGGAGUCGGAAAAUCUAGUUUGAUGCUACGGUUUACGGAUGACGAUUUCGAUAAGGACCAAGCCCUAACCAUCGGAGUUGAUUUCAAGACUAAAAUUGUGGAGAUUGACAACGUUAAGGUGAAACUGGCCAUCUGGGACACAGCCGGGCAGGAACGGUUUCGGACUUUGACCCCUAGCUAUUACAGAGAUGCACAGGGCGCCAUCCUGGUGUACGAUGUCACCAAGAAGGAAACAUUCCAAAAGCUGGACUCGUGGCUCAACGAGUUGGAAAUCUACGGCACCCGGAACAAUAUGGCGAAGAUGAUUGUCGGCAACAAAAUCGAUUCCACCGAUCGGGCCAUCAGUCGGGACGAUGGCUUCCGGUUUGCGAAGAAACAUCGAACCAUGUUCAUCGAGACGUCGGCCAAGACCAACGAGGGCGUGAGGGAUGCAUUCGAGGAAGUCGUUCGGAAGAUCAUGGAAACGGAUGGACUGUGGGAACGAAACGAUUACGGCGAUUCAUUGGAUUUAAAUGGGCGAGGAAACCAGGCAGGAUCCUGUUCGUGCUAAUGACCGCCUUCUCCGUUCCUAGCUAGUAGUAAAUGUUGUGUGACUAAGCCAUAGAUACGAUGCGAGUAGAUAACUUGUUUUGUCGUUGUUUCAAUCGAUUAGUUUGAUAUCGGUCGGUAUCAAACCAGAAGGGAUAUGAGGGGAAUACUGAUGGUUACUUUUAUACAAAUAUCGAAAAAAAGCAUGAUGAAAAGCCUAAAAUGCACGAUACAUCUAAUACUAACAUAAUGUAAACUACUAAUUCAAAGGGGUAGCUUAGAUUCUAUUUAUUAGGUAUUAAAUUGUAAUGGGUUAUAACCACCAGUACGUAUGUAUCGUGUAGAAUAUGAAUUUUAAACUAUAAAUAAAGGUACUCUGUAAAUUAA